GGAGGAAAGAAAAGGAAGGAGAGUUUGCUAAAAGCUGCUCGUACACCCCUGAACCAGAGAGGAGAUGAUAAACAACAACAAUAACAACACUCAGCUUCAAUCUGACUGCUGCAGCUUUCUGACAUAACCCACGGAAAUCCCUCUGAGUCUAAACCACCUGGAUGUGUUAAUAUAUUGUUUGUGUAUUUUAUUUUAUUUUUUUAACUUCUUUUUACUGUAUAAGUUGUUUGAAACUUUUUACCCGGCUUGAGUUUGGUUUUCAGUCUGACUGCAGUGCAUCAAACACCCGCUGCUGCCUCUUCUUCUUCUUCUUCUUCUUCUUCUGUCGCUGCUGGAGGAGAAAAUAAAACCAUCCACAAGGCCACAGAGAGAGUUUGUGCGCGGAGGGAAUCAUGGAAAUCCUGGACAGUAGUGAACCGUUUCUCCACUGGGACAGGAACCUCAGCGAGCUGUCUGAAGCCGGCGAAAUGGACUGCGCGCUGUACACCAAUCACUUCUCCGAGCUCCUAGACGACCUCUCCCAGGAUGCCUUGCUGGGCCAGCUUCUCAGCGACCCCUUCCUGUCCGGAGUGAGAGGUGGAGCGGAUUCCAUGGAGGGGGAGGACGGAGGCGACCUGUCCCCGUCUUCCCCUCUUCCCCCGCACAUCAAGGCCGAGCACAGCUACUCGCUCUGCGGCGACAGCCGGCCACAGUCGCCGCUGUCGCACCUGACCGGAGAACAAGGCAGUGAAGCAGAGUCCGAUGGGGAUUCAGCUGAUUGGCCUAUGGAGCAGGAGGAGGCCAUUGACAGCAUCCUGUGUGAGACUCCUUCCCUCCUCCCCACCCUGUCCCUCUCUCUGGCCUCAGGGCCCCAAGCACCUGGGCCCCAAGCACCUGAGGUCCCUGUUGUGGCCCCUGCUGCUACCGCGACCCCAACUCAGACCACAGUCAACAGCCACAACCAGGCCAAAGGCAUCAAGAUAAAAGAGGAGAAUAUCAUCCCCCAGAUAAAACUGGAACCUCAUGAAGUGGAUCAGUUUCUCAAUCUUUCACCCAAAGGUCUGGAGUCGCUGCAGAUGCCUCCCACUCCUCCCAGUUCCCACGGAAGCGACUCGGAGGGCAGCCAGAGUCCUGUCCACGCCCCGCCCAGCUUGUCCUGCCCCACUUCCCCCAGCCCUCCUCCAUCGCAGGCCAGCCUGAAGGUGUCACCUCGCGCUGCUUCCUGCCUCUCCAACUCCCCUCUGCUCACCGCUCCUCAUAAACUGCAGGGGUCGGGCCCGUUGAUCCUGACUGAGGAGGAGCGUCGCACGCUAGUGGCUGAAGGUUACCCAGUUCCCACCAAGCUGCCGCUCACCAAAGCCGAGGAGAAGGCGCUAAAGAAGAUCCGCAGGAAGAUCAAAAAUAAGAUUUCAGCUCAGGAGAGUCGCAGGAAGAAGAAGGAGUACAUGGACACCCUGGAGAAGAAGGUGGAGACCUGCUCCAAUGAAAACAACGAGCUACGCAGGAAAGUGGAAACUCUGGAGUGUACAAACAAGUCCCUGUUACAGCAGCUGCAGUCUCUGCAGGCGGUGGUGGCAGGAAAAGUCCCCAAGUCCUGCAGGGUGGCUGGCACCCAGACAUCAUCAUGUCUAAUGGUGGUUGUGUUGUGUUUCGCUCUGUUUUUGGGUAGUUUCUACCCCAGCAGUUUAAAUCCGUGCUCCAGCAUCACUGCAACUGGCCUCGUCUCCAAACAGGUGGCUGUCAAAGAGUCCUAUACAACCACAGUGAAGUCGAGGAGUCUGUUAUCAACCUUCGAAGAGGAGCAGCCACACCUCCUCGGUCUGGGCGGAGAAUAUCCAGAGCAAUGGGAGGACACGCCAGCCGUUGUCAUGGCAGCGUGGCGCCGCUCAGAGCAACAGAAACUGGUGGUGGAGCCCGACAGGGUGGAAACGCACCCACCUUUCAGGAGUACAAGCAAUGAUACACAGACAUCAAAAAACCCGCUGCUGGACCUGCACAGGUCUCUGGAGCAGAUGGCGAAUGAGAGCAGUAGUAAAGUGAUAGAGCUGGAGCGAACGGUCAACGAGACCUCCUGAGGUUCAUGUCAACACCCCACUACCCCAUCCCACCUCCCCAUAAACCCCAUCAUGACCUUUGACCUUUCUCCCUCUGGAGCAUGGUUCAGUGUCCUGGAGCUAAAAACCUCAUACAGUAGUUCCCACUGCUGAUUGUUUAAGGUCAUUUUUUUUCCCUGCCAUAUCUGCUUUAUCAGAUACACUGUAAUAGUAACAAUGUAUAAUUAUGAUAAUAAUAAUAACAAAAGGGCACUGGUUGCCCUAAUUUCAAAAAUAAAGUUGCACUGAGUACAGUACAUUUUUAUAUAAAUCAACGUAUCAGUUGUAUCUGUUGUCUUAAUUGAAAGACUGUUUAAAAAAAAUCACAUUGUGAUAAAUUUAAAUGGAUAGUAAAAAAUGCUACGUUGCAUUUAUUCCAGUGAAAAGUAUAUUAAAAUAUGACACGUGAGGCUUUUUACAGGACACUGACGGAGAACCAAUGUAUUUAUAGAAAUCCUUUUUUUUGCUCUUUGUAGUUGUAUUUCUUUUAAUAUUAAUUGUUUUUAUUCUAUUCUACAUCACAUUUUUAUACUUUGCGUUCGUAUUGUAUUUUGUGUCUUUAUUUUAUUGUACUCUUUUAUGUAUUGUUAUAUAUUUUCUUCAUUUGACUUUACGUUUCAAACAUAGCUUAGCUCAGGGUUCCUGCGCUCAUUUGGAAAACUGUUAAACUCUAUUUGUUAAAAGUUAUAUAGACUGGCAGCGAAAAAAAAAAUUCUGUGUGGUUUUGAUGAAUCGUUUUCAAACGAUUUCGUGAAGCUGAAAACUAGAUGUCAUAUUCAUCAACACACCCGUGAGCACCAUGAGAUGUUGAGUCAUCUGCAGCUGCAGUAAACUCAAAUCUAUGAAUACUGACUGAAAUGUUUAAAUCCAGUAAGAAUGUUAUCAAAUUUGACAUGUGGGGACCCUGUUAGCAAUGCUUCAGACAUUUUUUCCACCAUAUGAUGGUCACUGAGUCAAUAUGAGAUUUAUUUUCUGCGAAACCGUUUUUGUUUUGGUCAUUAAAAGCAUCUUAAGGAGGCUACUUUUUUCACGUUGCUCUUACAGCUUUUGUUUGCAGCCAAGCAGCAAACUACAGCUCAAAAUAACUGUUAUGCAUCCCAUAAUGUUGUCAUUCCUUUAAGGAGUAAUUUGACUUUUUAGGAAAUAUGCUUAUUUGCUUUUUUGGCCGAGAGUUACAUGAGAGGACCGAUACUUUUCUCAUAUGGGUACUUUCAAAAUUAAGUUACAGCUACAGAGGGAAAUAAGCUAGCUUGGUAAAAUAAAUACCUACCAGCACCUCUAAAGCUCAGUAAUGAACAAAUAAGAUAGAUAAAGCAUAUUUGUUAAUGAGCUGUAGAGGUGCUAGUAGACUUUAGACAGGACCAGGCUAGCUGUGUCCCCUGUUUCCAGUCUUUGUGCUAAGCUAAGCUAACCGCCUGCUGGCUGCAGCUCCAUAUUUAGCGUAGAGACAUGAGAGUGGGAUCGAUCAUCUCCUCUUAACUCUUGGCAAGAAAGCGAAUAAGCAUGUUUCCUCAAAUGUCAAACUAUGUCUUUUUCAAAUGUGUUACGGAACCACAAAUUCAACUUUCCUUUUUUGGCCUUAAAUCCUACGAUGCUUUCACUCAGUUCAGUCAGUUCUACUAUCUCUCAGCAUUUGCCAAAAAAUUCUUCUCAGAAAUGAAAGAAAGAAUCUAUUUUUGUAAAUAUGAGUUGUUAAUAAAUACGGAAGUCUAAAUGUGUCUGGGAUCUGCAGUUUAUAAACCAAUCUAUAAUUCAUUUUGCGUCUAGCUUGGAUGCUGCGUUGUUGAUAAAUAAUGAAUGUAAGAUGCCUUUGCUUCACAGUUUGUUAAUUUAAGAUCAUGGCUUUAAAAGUAUUAGUUGUCCAUUUCAAGUGUAUUACAGAUGGGUUUUAAAAUUUCGAAACUUUAUUGAAACGUAUGUUACAGAUCUCUUAAACCAGAUGUGAGGCUAGUUCACUUUCUGUUCAUCCAUGUUGUAAAUAGAAACACCCCAUUUGUAAAAAUAAAUAAAUAAAAAGCUUACUCUCA